AUGGCGACCUCGGGCAAAUCCGUCUUUCUCAUCGGCCCCGGUUUCAUUGGCCGGGAGGUCUUGGAUCUCCUCCUCCAGGAGAAAUAUGCAGUGACAACCCUGUCCCGUCGCGAGGCUUAUGCGACUGAACUCCAGCAGAGCGGCGCAAAGACCGUGCUCGGCAGCCUGGACGACCGAGACAUCAUCAUCAAGCAGACUCUCGCAAGCGACAUUGUCAUCCACACGGCCACGGCAGAUCAUUUGCCCUCGGUCGAGGCUGUCAUUGCAGGCGUCGAGCAACGCGCAAGCCAAGGAAAGCAGACCAUCUUCAUCCACACCAGCGGGACUUCGCUGCUCAGCGACGACGCCAAGGGUGAAUACAAGUCCGACAAGAUCUUCUACGACGACAAACCUGAGGAAAUCGAUGCGCUUCCUGACAGCGCUUCGCAUCGCUUGAUCGACCUCGCCAUUGUCCGCGCUCGCAAGAGACUGGGGGACAGUGCGAAAUUGGUCAUCAUGAUUCCGCCGUUGAUCUACGGCGCCAAUCACAAAUACAAGCGUCUCUCGAUUCAAUUACCGACACUGACUCGGUUUGCCCUGAAACACGGUUAUGCGGGCUACGUCGGCAAGGGGGAAUCUGUAUGGUCGGAAAUCCACGUGGCGGAUCUCGCCCGGGGAUACCUCACCCUUUUGCACUGGCUCGAACAAACCGACGCCUCCAAGGUCCUCGAAAAUCCUUAUUUCUUCUGCGAGAACGGGCAAGAAUUUGCCUGGAAAGACGCAGUAGCACAGGUUGGCAAAGCCUUGCAUGCUGCUGGGCGGAUCAAAUCAGCGGAACCCAAACCGAUCCCUGAGAGUGAUUUUGACGAUCUCUUUGGGAAGUAUACGGCGUGGGUUGUCGGGUCGAACUCGAGGAGUAGAGCGAAGCGGCUGAGGGCGCUGGGAUGGGAACCACAGGAGAAGGGACUGAUGGCAUCUCUGGUGGAGGAUGAGGUUCCGAUUUUGUUGGAGGAGACAGGCGAGUUCCGUGGGUAUGCUGGAGUGGCAGCUUCUGGGGGCUCGUAG